AUGAGAAAUAAGCAACAGGAGCAGCCGGUUGCCUUAAUCGUCGCAACUCUUCUUCUUGACGAAAUUCUCACUUUAGCUUGGACUACUCUUGACCACUGGCGUAAAGCUCAAGACACUUGUUUGUUAUCAUCUUCUCUUUUGAGUGAUGGUAACAACCUUGAGCAGUGGAUGAAACCCGUUACAAAUACGAUCAAGAUCAACGUUGAUGGUGCCACCUUUGAGAAAGAUAAUGCCUACAGGUUUGGUGUUGUUGCUUGUGACUCGGAUGGCAAGGUUAUUGAUUUUGUUGCCAAGUACUACCACGGGUCUUACCAUGCUGAGGUUGUUAAGGCCUUAGGGGUUAAGGAGGCACUUAGUUGGUUAAAAUGUAAGAGUUGGAACAUGGUAGAGGUGGAAACCGAUAGUUUGCUCACUGUUCAGGCAAUCUUUAGUAAGCAGCAAAUGUCUUCUGUCUUUGGUUUGGUUAUUAAUGAUUGUAAAAUUCUUUUAUCCUCUCUACCUAAUACUAGUCUACAUUUUAUUAGACGAUCAACAAAUCAAGUCGCCCACUUUGUGGCUAGGCGCUCUCGGUCUUACUUUGAUUCUGGCAUUCCGUAUGUUGAUGUUAUAGCUGAUUUUCAGGCCAAUUUGUAA